GCGUGCGCACACUUUGUUUACGUUUUUUUUUCCCUGUCACCUCCCACAAAUAUUUUGAGGGCUUUCCUCUUUCGGUUUACUGUCGGAAGCAAGCGGAAACCGCAACAAACACGUGCACUGGGCCGCAGAGAGAGAGAGAGAGAGAGAUAGCUGAGAGUGCGCAGUGGCCAGGAGACGGGAGAGUCCUCAAGAAACUCAGGCGCGUAGGCAGAAGUGGACACCAUAAGAAUUGAUUUCGUUUUAAGGCGGUUCUGUCUGUCUGAAAUUUGUUGGUAGCUUUCAGUAGGGAACCAUGCCUGUAACUAUUUCUGUAAGGGAUGGAUGAAUGCACCCCUACUAUUAUAAUCAAUAGCGCACACCUCACCUAUACCCAACUCAUAAUAAUCCUAUAUGUGCUAUCUUUCAGGUUGACUUUCCACCUUUUGGCUUAUCGGUCAUCUGAGGUCGGGGCCCGCGAAAUGCCGCAGGGGUUCAGUGGCCAAAUAAUUUGCGGGUAGCUUCGCUUAAAGCUCUGUUCGUGCGGCUGCCCCGGAAAGCGUGCUACGGCUUUGCAUAUUGAUGGCAGUCUGUUCCGUUCCUAUCCCGGACAUCGAUAAAUCGAGCCUAUACAUACCUCGUGCCUCGUGUGUGCCUCAUUCACAUUCAAAACGUGGGAAACCCCCAAACGGGAAUUUUGCAAACAUUUUCCCUGCGCACUUGCUUUCUCUAUCUCUCUCUCUCUCUCUCUAUCUAUCUCUUGCUACCGCGCGUUGCAAGUAAUAUGACGGUCUAGAUACCGCUCUGUUUUUGUUUGGUUUCUGUUUUGUGCUCUAAUUCGUAAGCAAAGCAAAGUGAAUAAAUUCAAAAUUUUGGAGAGCGAUAGCGAGAGAGCGCCAGCAGCCCCAAAGUGCAACCACACUCUCAACUUGAUGCUCGGCUAGCUGUCCCGCGCAUGUGGCAGCUUGCCAUCGAAUCGGGUCACAUAGCUCUACUACGAGCACGAGCAUGUGCCUCUGCUGGGCUCGGGGCUCCGUACCGUACCCAGUGCAGCUGCGAGCUGUGCCGUUUACUGUUGUCGCUUGGCUCGUCUCGUACUUUUUUGCUCCUUUUUCAGCUGCCACCACGUCUUUUGCCAGCUUUUCUUGUUCUUGCCACAGGGGACUUCGGUCUCCCGUUCGCCAUUCGCCACACGCCAUUCGCCGUUCGCCGUUCGCCGUGUUGCAGGGCCUUCGGUGUAUAAAUGGAAGCGCGCCACCGUAUCGCAUUUCAGUCUACGUCGGACUUUCGCGCGCGCCACACAUGCUGCGUAUACGUAACGUUUGGCUACACUUCAGCAGCGUAGGUGGGCCUUUUUUUUAUCAGAGCAACACCACCGCCGCCGUGCGGCACUCUGGGAAGUGUGGUGUGCUCUGCUCUGCCACAGAGCUGAUCAUUUGGACACACGGCCACUCUUCUUCACGGACGCUCUUCGAUUUUUCCGCGAGAGCGCCGAAGAGAGAGUGCUGCCUGGCCGUGCUUCAGGGCCAUUGUGAACGGUUUUGUGGCCACAUUUGAAAAUGUAACGGUAUUUUUUUUCAUGUGAAAACGGAAGCAAGAGUUUUUGCUUAAAUAUUUGUGAUGUGAAAUGAACUAAGUCCAGAAAACAAUAACAAAACCAAAAGGAAUUGGCUUAAGACGUUCCAAAAAAACAACUUUCAAAUAAAUUCGAAUAUCAAGAGAAUAGUUUGAACCAUUCAGGAGUGGAUUUCACAUUGGAUAUUUGGACAAAAGAAAACUGCAAGUGUGGCGAAAAUUGAUUCCAACAUAAAUAAAAGGCAGCCAAGCGUGGACAAGGCAGACAAGGACGCAACAAAAGCAGCAACAAGGAUAAGCGGGGGGGAAGGAUUUCGGAGUGGCAGCGUAGUGUAGGUGGCCGAGCGAAAAUCAAUAAGAGACACAUGUAAGAGGACACCACAGCGACGACGUUGACCAGGCAAUAUGGAAACCACCGCAAACGGGAUGGGGCCGAGGACCACUAGCCCCUUGUUGUUGCUACGCGAUGGCAGCCAAUAGGUAGGGAACUUUCGAACUUUCGAACUUUCGUGAGGUUGAAGCUCAGAACAUGUCGGACCGAUACCAAGCCGGCUACUACGAUCAACACCAGCAUACUCAUUCUCAUUCUCAUCAUCCCCAUCCGCAUACGCAUACGCAUCCGCAUCCGUAUCCCCAUCAGACAGCCAUGUCGCACUAUCCACCGCAGCCGUACAGAUCGGGCUAUCCUGGCUACCAUCCCUAUCCCAGCGGCUACAGCUACGGAUCGGCCAGCUCUUCGUACAUGCCCAACUAUUAUCGCUAUGCCGCCUAUGCCUCGCCCCACUACAGCCAGCCGCACGCGCAUCCGCACCAGGGAAUGUUCACGCCCGCUGGCCAGCAGCUGAUCCCCUCCAGCGUGCUGCACUAUCCGCCCAGGUCGCAUCCCCAGGCCCAUCCCUACCAGCAUCAGCAGCAUCAACAGCAGCAUCCGCAGCAGCAGCCGCAGCAGCAGCAGCAGCCACAGCAGCCACAGCAGCCACAGCAGCAUCAGCAGCAGUCCAGCUACGAGCAGCCGCCUCCCUCGCUGUACAGUUCUUCCGCCUCUAGUUCAACCUACGGACAGACGAGAGGCUUUGGAGGCUAUACGGGACCCACGCCCCAUUACGCGCCGCCAGGACGGUCGACCACACCAGCACCCAAUCGAACAGUUCUGCCACCCAACUAUCUAGAGCCAAUCCGGGGCUACACAGAGCAGCAUCAGCACCAGCACCAGCACCAGCAACAACAGUUGCCGCUGUCUGCCACACCGAAGCUGGAGGAAUCGAUGCCCGUAGAGCCGGAGGUGGAGGCAGGAUCGCCAGCACAAAGGCUCACCACCUCGCCGCCCCUGAUCAGCGCCACGGGCACCGACAGCGGGAUCAGCAACUGCAGCACGAGGGCCAGGAGCGACAGCAGCCAGAGCACGCCCGUCUACAGCGGCGAGUAUCCGGUGAAUAUGUCCGUGGAGUCGGCCUCCUGUGUGCCCUACCACUGUCCCGCCGAGCACGAGGAGGAGCCACAGCACCAGCAGCAGCCGUCAAUGGAGUCGGAGCCGGAGCUGGAGGAGAGCAAAGUGACAAGUGUCAGGGAGGCCCAGUCCGGCUCCACUCCGCUCGAUAUUCUCGAUGACAUAAGCGCGACAGCGGCGCAGUCAGCGCAGUCGGCGUCGCCGCCAACACCGCUAGUGGCCAGCAUUGAUAAGGCGACUCCGACGCCCACAGCCGCCGCCGUGUCGGAAAUCAAUUUGGCGAAGCCACACAAGGAGACAGCAGGAGCAGGAGCAGGAGCCGAGGCACAGGCACAAGCACAGGCAGACACGGCAGCAGAAAGGACGUCUACAACGCCCCAGGAUGCAGGAGAGCAGGGCUCGCCUGGCAAUCCAAUCAGCGAGGAUGCAGCGGAAAUGCCAGAGCUAGGGCAGCAGCAGCAACAGGAACAUCCAUUGCCGCCAGCCACAACGUCCAUCAACUGGAGUACUUCCCCGCGACGCUCGCGCACUCCGCCCGUGCCACAGAACUCGCCCGUGGGCUAUGGCCAGUCGGCCAGCGUCACGCCCGUGUUGGCUCCUCUGUUUCAGCAGCAGCAGACGCCGAGCACCCAUAAGCGGCAGACAACGGCUGCCAAGAGCCGGAGCAUCAGCUGCAGCAAUAGCAACAGCAAUCGCAUCAUGGAAUGCGAUCUCAUUCCCAGCAAGAAAUCAAAACGAAGGACUGGCAAACGGGAAGCCGGAGGAGAGGAGCAGGCGGAGUCGGUGGAGUCCACAGUCAGAGAGCAGAUAAGGGACAUCAAGCCGUUGCCUGGUUUCCUGCAGGCCUUUGGCUCCACCGAAAUUGGUCGCUUCUCGGAGAGGUUCCUGCAGACCCCCGAGUCGCUGGUCGAGCGCCUGGCCGAGGAAUAUGCCGCAAGCAACAGCACGUUCUCCCCCUACACCACGGGGGGCUACUACGAGGCCCACUCUACGCCUCCUCAAAGCUAUCAUCCCUACGAGGAACAGCAGCACGCUGGCUACCAGGGGCACAUGCACAUGGCCCAUGCACGGAACCGGGGAAUGCGCGGACACGGCGGCUAUGGCUAUGAAAUGCCGGACUACAUGGCGUAUGAGCGAUAUGCGGCCUACGGAGCGGGCAGGCCACGGCACCGAUAUGGGGAGAUACGCUGCAAUGGCUACUAAAUACACAUAAACAUACACAUACACAUACACAUAAACACAUGCAUAUACAUACAUAUGUACAUACACAUAUGUAUGUAUGCUUGUAGAUCGAUAUAAGGGAGAGGAGUUUAGAUUAGAGUUAGUGUUGUUGUAGUCGUGCAAAAUCGUUGUCAUUCGAAAUUCUCUGUGUGUGCCUUUUUCGGUCAAAAUGCGACAAUGAUUAGCCGGGCCCCCACCCAGAAGAGUUUUUGUUGUUGGGUAGGGGGUGGGGGGUAGAAUAUCGGCAUAUUGAUUGCAGUCAAAAUUCAAGAAUAACCAGAAACCAGAAACCAAGAAGCCAAAAUAUUGUUAGCAAACCGUCUAUGUGUAAAUUAAUAAUCAAUUAGGUGCAUAAGUAGUUCAAUCUAUUUUAAAUCGAAACAGUUUUAAAUCGAAACUAAAAUCUUGUCCCACUGUACAUACAAAUGCAUUUCGUAUAUGUAAUAUGUAAUAUGUAGACAUAAGCAAACUGAUAAUUCAGUCGGUCAAAGGUCUUUCGAGCAGUUAUUCAACUUUACAACAAAUCUACAAUAUAUACAGAGGACCGUUUCAAGAUUCAACAUUUAUCUUGGGCACAAAAUUCUUAAAGCGGUUCUUGGCCCAACAACAUGCAAAAAAAACAAAAAGAUUGAGAAUACAAUUAAUGUUAGUAAAAAAAAGAUGUGCCAUUGAAAAUCGAUCUUUAAUCAAAAACACCAUUAAUAUUUUAGGAACUACGUUUAUGUACAAUACAAAUUCAUGUUUAGCUACUACUCUAGGCUCCAGCCAGAUAGUUAUUGUAAUGUUAAAGCAAUUCAGUACACACAGAUACUAAAAAACAAAACACUACAGACACACACACAUACACUUGAUCCACCGCACUAAUUUGUACUUGGCAAAAUGUAUUACCAGGUACGAGUAUGUAUCGUAUCUCUAUUCUAUCCAUUUACUAGCAAUCUAACCGAAUUCGUAUGCCCUUUUCGAAUUGAUUUCUUUGUUCGAUUAAGUGCCUUAAUUUACUUGAUUUCCGAAUAUUGUAUCGUAUAUUCUAUCUAUCUGUGCGUGAAGAAAUACAACAGACAUAAUCGAAUUUGUGUUGUAUGAUUUACUCGGACACAGGUAGGCAAACCAGACAACAAAUUCAGGUUUCAAAUGGGCCCAAACAAAAUUUCAAAUCAAUGAAAGCGAGCGAACAAAGCACAAGAAUACCCCCAAAAAACACAUCGAGCAACAUUCAAAAAUGUUUAAUAGCGUCUAAAAUUAGUUAAUAUACGAGUGUGUAAGGAACACGCACUCACCCCAAAAAAGAAAGUAAGCCCCGUAGCGUGGACACCACCAACCAACAACCUCCCAAUCACAAAAUCGUUCUUCAACAAAAGCAGUGGACGAAUAAUAAGAACACAAGUAUUUAGUAUAAUUACAAUAAGCCCGUGUGUAAAUAAAUAUUUGAAAGUUUGAAUUUUAUGAAAUAAAGUACACAAAAAAUGAUUAGCAAAUGAAUGUUGGCAAACGAAA